CGGUCUAGCAUUCGGUUAGCCUUUAAGUACAAUGGAUACAUGUAGACUGAAGCUUCUGAAUGGCGAGCUCACGAUAGGAUGAUUAUUUCCUAUCAGCUAGAAUUUAGUAAAAGAACGUAACCAAUUCCUAUUCCUAUUCUUUUCUUUAUUCCCAUUAUGACGGCAUAGAAACUCUUUUCGUAAUAUUUUAAAGUGCAGGUCAUUCCAAUUCACAUCGACAUAAGUCAAUUGACGACUAAUUAACGACUAAUUGACCAUGUCUCUACCUGCCCUCCGGGUUCGAGGCACUUCGAGUGCUUUUCGUUCAUUGUCGAGAUGGUCGACUCCAAUUACGCUUCAGUAUGCGACGAGAAGAGCUCAAUCUUCUGCUACAUUAGACGUCCAGCAACGAUUACUAUCGGCCCAUCUUCAAGAGGCUGACCCGGCCGUAUUCGAUAUCAUCGAGAAGGAAAAAGAUAGGCAAAAGCACUUCAUCAACCUAAUCCCCUCCGAAAAUUUCACUUCGCAAGCUGUUCUCGAAGCGCUAGGAAGUGUAAUGCAAAACAAGUACUCGGAGGGAUAUCCUGGAGCAAGAUAUUAUGCAGGCAACGAGUUCAUCGACCAGUCCGAAAGACUAUGCCAACAAAGAGCUUUGGAGACGUUUGGCUUGGAUGAAAAGGAAUGGGGUGUCAAUGUCCAGCCACUCUCUGGCGCACCCGCAAAUCUAUACGUUUACUCGGCUUUGAUGGACACUCACGACCGGCUUAUGGGAUUGGAUCUUCCUCACGGAGGUCACCUCUCUCACGGUUAUCAAACACCUACCAAGAAGAUCUCAGCCGUGUCCAAGUACUUCGAGACGGUCCCUUACCGGUUGAACGAAGAGACCGGCUUGAUCGACUACGAGAAGCUCGACGAGCUAGCUCAGAUUUACCGACCUAAGAUUAUUGUUGCCGGAGCCAGCGCAUACGGCAGGUUUAUCGACUACAAGGCUAUUAAGGAGACGUGCGAUAAGAUAAAUGCAUACUUACUAGCCGACAUCGCCCACAUCUCGGGUAUGAUUGCAGCCAAGGUUAUACCCAGUCCCUUUAGCUUCGCAGAUAUCGUAACGACUACGAGUCACAAGAGCUUACGCGGUCCCCGAGGUGCCAUGAUCUUCUUCAGAAAAGGCGUGAGAAAGGUUAACCCCAAGACAAAGGAAGAGAUAAAGUACAACCUGGAGAAUCCUAUAAAUGCUUCGGUAUUUCCUGGUCACCAAGGCGGCCCUCAUAACCACACCAUCACGGCGUUAUCCGUUGCGUUGAAACAGGCGCAGACACCCGAGUUCCGAGCCUACCAGGAACAGGUCCUAGUGAAUUCGCAGGCUCUCGCGAAUCGCCUAGGCGAAUCUAAAUCCAACGGCGGUCUCGGAUACAAGCUUGUAAGCGGCGGCACGGAUAACCACCUCGUACUUGUGGACCUGAAGCCACAGGGCGUCGACGGUGCCCGCGUCGAGCGAGUGCUAGAGCUGGUCGGCGUGGCCAGCAACAAGAACACGGUCCCCGGCGACAAGUCGGCGAUGAUACCCGGCGGUUUGCGGAUAGGUACGCCGGCGAUGACGACGCGCGGCUUCGUUGAGAGCGACUUUGUCAGAGUGGCCGACAUUAUCGACCGCUCCGUAGCCAUUGCCUCUAGGGUAGACAAGGCGGCACGUACCGCGGCUGAGGAGAAGGGCGAGAAAUACAAGCUUAAGUUCUUCUUUGACUACCUUGGCACCGGCGAAGAAGACUCCGAAAUUGUGCAGCUGCGCGCAGAGGUCUCCGACUGGGUAGGAACAUAUUCUCUUCCGUGGGAGGAGAGGCAAUGACGUCGAGAUGCAUCCUCGACGGUGCAGCCGUGACGAGGCGACACACCCCUUUAGUGUGAAGGAUAUAUUUAGGCAAAGGCGCAGUACCUUGUGCCGUUUCCCCCUUGCGCUGCAGCAAGCAACACGGGGGCGACAUGGGCGGCUAGUGUACGUAUGGGAUGGCACGAAUGCAAGCU